AUGGCUGAAGACACCAACGCAACCAAGAUGGAAGAAACCAUCAGCAAUCCCACCACGCCUGCAUCAGAGAGCUCCGAGGAACCAGAAGACGUGUACGCCCCCCGUGGAUCUAUCUGCGACGUCCGAAACCUUUAUCAAACUCAGCCAGAUGAGAAUGGAGAGACCUCGUGGACCAAGAACCUGCCUGAGACUUUGGUCGAGCCCGUCGAAAACAGCGAAUCUGCACAAUACGCAAUGAUUGUUCGGAACAUCAAAUGCUAUGAUGGACGAAAGAGCUUCUCCGUUGACUCAGUCGUUGUGCAAAGCGAGCCUCUGAAGACGUUCUUAGGGAAAAUCCUCGAUGGGUAUCCCGGAGUCACCACUUCCCUUGAGCGCCUGGAGCUCACUCACCCAUUCAAGCCGCUCAUUCAUCGGUGGCACAACCUUGUCAAGGCUCGAGAAGUUGAAGAGCUGGAUCCUACUACCAAAGAGCAUCUUGAGCUUUUCCACAAUGCCUUUGAGGAGGAACUUAGAGACACACUUGCGCGCAAAGAGGACCUGGUUCGCAACGGCGUCAUCACGGACUCACUUAUCUGGACUCUCUUUGAGCCUGGCGACGUGAUCAUCACCAACAGCGGUACCCCUCGUGGAUACCGUUUCUCUGACGCUACGAAGAGCUCGUCCGGCGAAUGGGUACUCGCUUGCAGAUACAUCGACUUUGAUGGCGAGAAGUUCGGUUACAAGGAUGAAGAAUUUAUCGUGGAUGCCUUCAUCGGAACUAAGCCCAUCGCAUCGUUAUCGGUCUUUCCAUUAAAAUAUCAUCCUGACCGGGACGCUGCGUGCAAGACCCUCAUUGCCCGGGGGAAGCGCUGGGAGGAACACAAAGGAUACCAUUACCGGCAAUAUGAAGGACUGGCAAUUGGAACCUCGGAUUUCGGCCCACCCGGACAGCUCCACGUCAAAAGCCGCAUCAUUAUCGACGCCGAAGCAUUCGGUGUCUUCCAUUCACAAAAGGCAUUCGGUGCCUUCCAUUCACACGGCGCUAUCCGACUGAAAGGGUCCAAAAAACUACGAAAGGAGUUGACCGACGACCAGCGCAUAAUCACUUCCGACAUGGUCUACGGCUACUCCCUGAAUGAUAAGGAGUGGAUGGAGUUUUCGAUCCAAAACGUAUCGGAGAUCAAGUGGGACUCUUUCGCCUUUGAGUCUCUCGUCCUUCCUCGGGAGCAGCAAGGCCUAAAGGACCUGCUUCUAGCCAUUGCCAAAGCUCAGUCUAAGCAGCUAGACGGUUUCGACGACGUUGUUCGUGGAAAGGGUCGUGGUAUUAUCCUACAACUCAGCAAGCCCCCGGGUGUGGGUAAAACAUUGACAGCAGAGAGUGUGGCUGAGGUGAUGAAGGUUCCGUUGUACGUCAUGAGCGCAGGCGACCUAGGCACCCGCGCCGAUGCAGUUGAGCACAGCUUGAAGAAUAUCCUCCGCAUGAUACCCAAAUGGGGUGCUGUCCUCCUCCUUGACGAAGCCGAAGUGUUCAUGGAAGCCCGUUCCCCGACCGACCUGGAACGCAACGAACUGGUAUCUAUUUUCCUGCGAAUGCUAGAAUACUACGAGGGCAUCCUGUUUCUCACGACUAAUUGCGCCAAGAAUAUUGACCCAGCAUUCGAAUCUCGUAUUCAUUUGUCGCUGAAUUACAACGAACUUGACGCUACCUCACGGCGGCACAUUUGGAGCCAGCUCUUGAGCCGUUCUCCGAAUACGGCUGUCUUCUCGGAUGAACAGCUGGACCAGUUGGCUGUCUCGCACCUGGACGGUCGACAGAUCAAGAAUACGAUCAAGACUGCUAGCCUUCUGGCUUGGUCUCAGCAGGGGGAGCUGGGAUUUGAGCACGUUCAGGUUAUGCUCAAUCUACGAAAGAGCAAUACGUUGAAGAUGAACUAA